AUGGUUGCUAUCAAGAGUCUCUUCAGCGCCCUCCUGGCCACCGCUCUCAUCAGCGGCACCAGCGCCCUUCCAGUCCCUAAGACUGUCAAAGACGUCGUGCACACCCUCAACGACGCAGCAACCAAGUACACCAACCUGCACAACGCAGUCAAGGCUUUCGACGGACAGGUCGCUCAGUACACCGCCAUCACCAAGAAGGAGGCUGCUGUUGAAGCAUCUCUUCAUCGCGCCAUCGACGCCGCUCAUGCCACUGCUCCUCUUUCUGAUGAAGACAGCAAGUUUGUGAUGCAGGCCCUUGCGCAGCCUUACCCCGAGUUCAUGGGCGAUCUGCUUGCUGAUAUCGUUGCAAAGGAACCUAAGGUUAACCAGAUUGGCAAGAGCGGCGAUAUGCUGCGCAUUCUCAAGAGCCUGAGUGUUCUCUCUUCCGAGCUCCCCGAUGCUCUUGCGAAGAUUGUGGAUGCCAAGGACGCGGAGGAGAUUGACGGUGGAGACAAGUGGGCUCAGGGAUUGUUUGCUGAUGCUAUCAAGGCUUACUCCCAUUGA